GCAAAAAAGCUGCGCAGUUGUCGCAUUUUCGAUCACGAAUGAUGGAGGCGAAUGUUUUGAUUUAGCCAAGGGACUAAACGAGCUUAUUUUGUUGGCGAAACAACACAGUAAAGUCCUGCAUUGUGGUGUGAAACAACACAGCUGCUGUUUUAUUUAUAAUAUCACUAUUAAGGAGAGCUGAUUUUUUUCUGGGACACAGCGGUCAGCUAGCUGAUAUCGUUUGUUGCGGUGGCCUAGCUAACACUGGCUAGCAUUGCGAACUUGGACAGAGCUUUGAGUCAGUCAUUUCACUGCGGCGACCCCUUUUAACUCCUUGCGCUAUAUUCUACUACAGCUUCGUUCGGCUUCAUGUCGUUAUCAUUGCUGCUUUAGCGAUCAGAGAUUCCCUUACCUUUUAACAGAAGUCAGUUCGUCGGAUAAGCCAGUGUGAGUGUGUACGGCUUCUUGAGAUAAAGGAGAAGAGGUUAUCCAUGUCCACGAGUUUCUGCAGAUUGCUCAUCUUUAAUAACAUCAGCAAACAUGUCUUUAGUCGCCUAUGGCAGCAGUGAUGAGAGUGACUCGGAGGAAACCUCUGCCGUGCCGAGCAAACCCAGCGCAGGAGGGCUCUUCUCACUCCUGCCUGCUCCUAAAAAACCGGUAUCGGCAGGAAGAACCGAAGGGCCAGCCAAGAAGACAGCAUUGAGCACUGCAGUAGAGAAUAGCUCAUCAGCCGAUGAUCCAGAGCCUCAGCCAUCUAAGGGAAGCUUAUUCUCCAGCCUACCCAAACCAAGGAAACGGACAGAGCCCGUCAAGAUCACCGUGCCGCAGAUCCAGAGGCAGGAUUCGGACUCAGAUGAUGACGAACCAGCAGCAAAGAAACUACAAAAUCAGGGUGCAGGUACAGGCUUGUCCUCCAUUCUGCCGCAACCCAAAAACCUGACAGUGAAGGAGACGGACAGACCUCUGAUCCCUCAUUCGCUAACUAAACGGCAAGAACCGAAAGCACCCAAACCUGGAACCCCUGCGCAUGGUCUUGGUUCUAGUGCGUCUCCCUCCGCCAUCAAAGCUGCAGCAAAGUCAGCUGCCCUCCAGCUGGCUAGACAGAUAGCUUCAGAUGACCAGGAUAAUGAAGAGGACAUAACCCCACAGAACUACUUUUCUCUAGGCGAGAGCUCUCAACCUCUACCUGCAGUCGUCCCCAGCUUGGACCCUGAGCCAGGAGCCCUUGCAGAGCCCCUUCCGUUUGCAGCUCCUGAUGAACCGGGGCAGUCGGAUGCCCCUCUCGACUUUGGGGGAAAACAUGAGACAAGUGGCGCUUGGGGAGGUCAAUAUAAUGAAUAUCAGCAACCCAUAGCAGGCCCAGAGGCUUUUCCUCCGGGAUACUACAAUGAGCCAUAUUACCAAGAUCCCAACCUGGGAAUAGGAGAGGCUGAAGAGCCCGGCAACUCAGCCAUGUUUGAUGAUGAAGCGUUCAUGCGGCUGCAGGGGAAAAGAAACAGGGGGAAAGAGGAGGUGAAGUUUCUGGAGAUCAAAGGCGACGACCAGCUGAGUGGCAACCAGCAGUGGAUGACCAAGAACAUGACCGAAGAGAAGCAGCAGCGGCAGUCCUUUAGCAAGAAAAGAGGAGAACAACCUACAGGACAGCAGCGACGCAAACAUCAGAUAACUUAUCUCAUCCACCAGGCAAAGGAACGUGAGCUGGAGCUGAAAAACAACUGGGCAGAAAACCGGUUAACCCGCCGGCAGACCCAGGCCAAAUAUGGCUUCUAAACAUCAUGACUGUGGACUGUGGUGACAUACAGAAAUAGAGUAGAGCUUUCCAAAUAUACUUCCACAAAGAGGAAAAAUGUUUAGAAACAAUAAGCAUACAGUCUGGAUACAGAUUUUCCUUCCUGCCCUCCAUCCUGUAUUUGUGUUGACCUGUUAAUAUUCAGUAGUUCUGUUGUUUGACCAGGUGUUAUUCUUAUAUCUAAGAUCCAGCCACAGCCGCUACACUCCCCGUUCACUGUCAUUUAUAUUAAAUAGAGGCACUAUACUUAUGUAACAGUAUUUUUAAGGUACCUUUGCUCAGUCAUUGGCAGAACAGAUGUAAAAUGACUCUGAAGUGGCCAUUAUUCUAAAUGUUUUUCCUUUGAAUGUUUAUGCUUCCUGUUCAUGUUGUACUUCUUUGUGAUCUACAGAAACACAGGUUUGGUUCUCUGGGAAUGAUACAAGUUAUUAAUGAAAUCUGGAUAUUAUUCAUUUUAAACAAGCUGGAGUCACUGGAAAGCUGUGACGUGUUACAUAUCUGCACACAGGAUCGACUGUUUUGUGAUAAACAUGUACUUGCUGCAGUUGCUCAUUAGUAAUAACAAGUUUGCUAUUAUAUAACUAUGAUACCUAGUUUUGUUUGUAAAAGUUUUAUUUUUCUUACUUUUUAAUGUGUGUUUCAUUUUCUCCCAAUGGAAAACUGAAAAAGACCAGAGAACCAAACAUGAACUUCAUUGUCUUCUUGCUCUGAGGAAACAUUGAAGACUAUAAAUCAAUAUGAUUUUUAACUUGGUAGCAGCAUCUGGUGGGCGGUGCUAAAAGCAAAACACCCACCUUAAAAAUGGAGAUUACAUUCAUUUUAACAUUUUGUAUGUAUUUGUCUUCUUCUCUUUGAACAUCAAAUUUUGGGGGGAAAUUCAGUGAUUUGUUCAGCUUUCUCUUUCAGAUGGAAAGCAGUAAAAAUAUGCUUUUUAUAUCUCCAGACUCUAUGUAACUACAUUUUGUCUUUACCAAAGCAAUAGUCAAGCCUCCACGAGUCCUCUGUUCUUUGUCCCGACAGCAGAAGUGUUCAAACCUGAGCCAGUUUUCCUCUACAUGCAAUACAUUUCAUACAUCUUGCGUUGUCAAACACCUUUAAAUGUGAACUCUUAUCAGAAAACAAAUUAUCAGAAACAAUUACACAAUCUGAUCUGCCUCAAAGUUUAAGUACUACAGCUAAAUUCUAAACACGAGCAGAAGAAAGAAGCUGACAGGCUGCUCGUAUAUCCUUACGCUGAUGAGACGGGAAAAUGAAUUGCAGAGCUUUGACUUCAGCAAAUCUCACGUAAUGACUCGCAAACCACACAACUGUAUUGGCACUCCACUAACAUGACAUAUUAAACAGCAUUCCUCGGAAUAAUGUUUGUUUUUGGUUUACCAUUUACUUUUGUGCGUUGUCGAGUUAAAAUUGAUCAAUAAACUUUUGAUUUUCCUGACUGCUUA